GGUUGGAGGGUUCACUGUAACAGAUUACAAUAGCGAUGAUGAUAAGAGUUUCCCACUGGCACCAACGUCAUUAAAGAAAAAAACAAAAAAAAGUAAAAGUAAAGGAGGAGGAAGAUCAGUGCCCUUGCCAGGAGAAGGACCGUCAUCUUCGAGUUCGUCUAUGCUGAGUGGACCAUCUGUGGCACCAACGUCAUCUGUUCUUCCACCAGCACGAAUCAAAGUGGAGCCAAGAUCACCACAAGGAGGGCCUUCAUCUCGUUUCCCGUUACCAUAUACCGGCAAAGGCAGUAAAAGUAAAGGAAUCGACGUCAUCAUCUGCUCUUCCAUCAACAAAACGAAUCAAAGUGGAGCCAAGAUCACCACAACCUGGCCUUCAUCUAUGCAACGAAUCAAAGUCGAACGAAGAUCACCGCAAGCAGAAUCAUCUAUGUCAGGGCUGGCAUAUUCCGUUCCUUCUGCAGCCGCAGAAAAAGUAGGCAGAAAAAGAAAAUCAGCAACCGUACUGCCACCUAGAGCGCGUCUACGAGAGCGGCUAAAGACUUACCCCCACUUCACUAUAGCGAAACGCGUAGACGUGCAGCAGCUAGACCUAGGCCGACGACUACUGCUCAAGCUGUUCGACAACUCAAAGAAGAGUUAUUAACGCGAUGCCUUUAG